AGGUCAUUCCUCCGUGUUUCACUGAUCCCGGGCGGAGCCACUGGCCGUUUUGUUACCUGACAGCGGCAUUCCCACAUGAACCUCACGGCGGAAGGUAUCGUUCUCCGUCCGCGAUGAGGCUCCGUGUUGCCGGCGCCGUGAUGCUAGCGGCGGCCGCCUAUUACGUGUACCUGCCGUUACCGAGCGGCGUGAGCGAGCCGUGGAAGCUGAUGCUGCUGGACUCGCUUUUCCGGAGCUUCAUGCAGGCGAGUGACAUCGCCCACGCUCUGGGCUUCUGCCACCGUGUUCACCUGCUGAACCGGGUGGUGUCCUGGGUGGAAGUGGUCGAGGCACGCUCCAGUGUCACCGUGCACGUGACAGACUCCACGCUCGGAGGCGUGCCUACCCGGGUGUUUCAGCCGAAGGAGGGCAGGAAACUUAAGAGAGGAGUGAUUUAUUUUCAUGGCGGCGGCUGGGCGCUCGCCAGUGGAAAAAUGCGCUCCUACGACCUUCUGUGUCGGAAAAUGUCGGAAGACCUGGACGCUGUCAUCAUGUCUGUCGAUUACCGUCUAGCUCCUGAUGCGGUGUUCCCGGAUCAGUACCACGAUGCUCUGGCAGCGUCGCGGGCGUUCCUGUCUACAGAGGUCCUGCAGCGCUACAGCAUCGACCCGGAGAGGGUGUGUGUCUCUGGAGACAGCGCCGGAGGGAACCUGGCUGCUGCUGCGGCUCAGGAGUUUGGUUCCGACGAGUCUCUGGAGGUGAAGUUUAAGGUCCAGGCCCUGAUCUACCCGGUUCUGCAGGCGCUGGACUUCUACACCCCGUCCUACCAGCAGAACCAGGCGGUGCCCAUCCUCUACAGGCCCUACAUGGCCCGGUUCUGGUUGCAGUACCUGGGUGCUGACGCUGCUCUGGAACCGCUCCUCCUGGCCAACAACCACAGCUCUCUGGACCAGCCGGCCAUCGGUGCCGUGACCCGCUCCAGGCUGAACUGGACCGCCCUGCUGCCGGCCGAGCGCAGGAAGCACUACCAGCCGGUGGUUAGGGAAAAGGGUUCGCCGAGCGUGGUGAGCACGGUGCCGGGGCUGACGGAUGUGAGGGCGUCGCCGCUGCUGGCAGAGCAGGGGGUUCUGGGUAAGACGCCCAAGGCCUACGUGAUGACGUGUGAGUUUGAUGUCCUGAGGGACGACGGGCUGAUGUACGCCAGGCGUCUUCAGGACGCUGGCGUGGACGUGACCAGCGACCACUACGACGACGGUUUCCACGGCUGCAUGGUGUUCGCUAACUUGCCCUUGAUGUCGAGCGUGGGACGCAGGAGCAUGGACGGCUUCAUCCGCUGGCUGGACCGGAACCUCUGAGCCAUGUUUGGUUCGGAGCUUCAUUUCGUCCUUUAGCGACGGAGAGCGGGGUGAGACAGCUUUACGUGGGACCGAGCCAGCGACAUGCAGCUUCAGCAGCCACUCCCAGAUCAACACUGGAAAACGGUCGGCUCUGGGCGUGCAGCCAUCACGGCGCUCCGCCGUGCAGAUGAAGAAAAACGGGCGUAAAACACAUGCACCGCCCCUCUGCCCCCUACAGGGAACAGAGGGGCGGUGCAGGAGGAAAACUUUAUUUAAAGCUAAUUUAUUUAUGACGGGAAACUGGAUUUAACCGGCAGACCGGGAUCUGAGCUCCGAGGUAUGAGACACGGUUAGGGAACGCCCUCUCUGUCCACAUGACGGUGUAUUCUCUAAUACUCUAGUACUCUAGUACUUCUAUCAUACUUGCUCAUCGUAAUCCUUAAUCUGGGUGUUUUAUCUUCCUCUGGCUGCUCCGCCUCCGUGUGAUUCCGGCUUCAACAUCGUUUUCACUCGUUCUAACAUGUUUGUGCAAACUGCUGUGAAAUAUAAAAGGAAUAUAUUGAUCGUCCA